AAAACCGGAAAAAUUGUAACAAAAGUAAUAACACUAAAUUAUGUUUAAUCGCUCCAAAAAAAUUACAGUAACCUUCAAUUUGACUAUAAAUGACUUUUACCACUGCAACCAACUUUAAACAGUGCUACCAACUCAAGAUGCGUCCAAUCACGAGCCUUAUCUUUACUCUUCUUGUCGUUUCUUCAUUCGGAGACAAAGAAAGCGACGAAAUUAUGCAGGAAAUUUUCAACGACUUGGAUGGAGAAGCUGCCGAUUUACGAGAUCAAUGUUUGGAAAAAAAUUCAAUUAAAAUCACUGAUUUGAAAAGUUACGACAAUGCUAGUGCCAUUCCAGAACGAGACUUAUGUUUUUAUAAAUGUUUCUACGAAGGAAUUGACUUUAUUGAUGAAAAUAGCAACCUCAACGUGGAAAAUUUGAAAGAAAUUCCCGCCAUUUCUGAACUAGGGGAAGAACUCGUCAAUGAAAUGACUGUCUGCGUCGAAAAAAUUGGAAAAAUUAGGUGUUGUGGCGACGUGAGGAAAAUCGAGCAGUGUUUCCAAAAUAUAACCAUGUAGACCAA